AUGACUGAAAAACGCACCGUUCUAUUGUUGGGAAGAACCGGCAACGGAAAAUCUACAGUCGCAAAUGUCUUAAGUAAUACUAAUCAAUUUGCCGAAAGUGAAUAUGGAGUUAGUGAAACGAGAGGCAUCCAAGAGGGGGUAUUUCGAGUGGACAAUGAAAACAUUGAAUUUCAUAUAAUAGACACAAUUGGAAUUGGAGAUACAAGAUUUGAUGAAAAAGAAGUCUUGAAUAAAUUGGCAGAUGCAACCAACGCUAUUAAAAGUGGUUUAAAUCAAAUCUUUUUCGUGACUAGCGGAAGGUUCACAGAAGAGGAAGUGAAAGCCUAUAACUUAUUACGAACAGUUUUCUUUGCCGAUGAUAUUGGAGAAUAUACAACAGUU